CUCAAUCUCAUCUUGGCUUAUUGUCUGCCAUCGUUGACUGUCCUCCCACACCGACGUCUCUACUACUGUACGUAGUAAACGAUGGCGCUGAGGAGGAAAUCGUCGUCAAAGGCUGCGAUAAAGCCCAAGACUGCCCAGAAAACGCUGUUUGAUCUAUUUCCGAAGAAGCAUAAAGUGAUAGAAGAGCCUACAAUUUCUCAGCCUGCUCUAUUAGAGGUCGCCAGUGGUAAAGAGGGUGCCGACGUCAUAAGCGGCGUUGAACAGCCAGCCAGCGAAAAUUCUCGUUUUAAUGAAGUGGAACUCGUCCCUACGCCUCCAAUAUCCUCCUCUCCGAUCCCAUUUGACAUUGAAGAAGUCAUCGUCAACCUUUCUGAUGCCGACACCGAACCUGACCAGCCUUCGCUAUCGCAAUCUACAAUUCGCCCUUUAAAAUCACAGCCUUCUUUCGGUGGCGGCUCUCAACAUGACCCCAUUGUCAUCGAAUCGUCGUCUCCCGUGAAACCUCGGCCAGUACAGCCAUAUUCCAUAUUUGCGCCGCGUCCUAAACGAGCGGCUACUCCAGCAAGUCCACGAAAAACACACACAAAACUCUUAGAUGCUCCCUACCCCAGUAGAGAUACACAGCAUGUUCGUGGUCCUCAGACUACAUACCAGACGACACCGUCUCAGACCGCGCAGUCAUUAUUUCAAGCACAACCCGUAACUAAAUCGGAAUGCGGAAUGCCACUUAACAAGACGUCAUAUCUAGCAGAACUUCCAGAGUCGCAUAGAGACCACCCCGCUAUUUCUCGACUGACGUCUAACUCGUCGGUUCCUAAACAAAACCAAAAACUCUGGACGGACCAGUAUCGUCCAACCUGUGCAGAUGAAGUUUUGGGAAACGAGCAAAACGCCCGGUAUCUUCGUGAUUGGCUCCGGGCGCUCCAGCUAGAACUCAAAGAUCCCCCAGCUUCCACCCAGUCUUCCCAGUCUAGUCCUUCUCACUUCUCACAAACAAAGUCCGCGACAACUAAAAGGCCUCGCGUGACGCGCCGGGUGUCGAAGAGGCGUGGCCGGAAGAAGCAAAGAAUCGAUUCUGAUGAGGAGGACAACUGGACUGUUCAUUCUAGUGAAGAUGAUUCCUGUUACCCUACCAGCGAAGACGAACAGAUGAACGGGCUCACGAGACUGAAGCGUAAAUCGCACUUCGAAGAUGAGUAUGUUCCCCCUUCGUCACCGCUACAGGCUCCUACCCAACCACUCUUUAUGGACUUGACGAAUACGAUUGUCCUCGCGGGUCCGUCUGGCAGUGGCAAGAGCGCUGCCGUCUAUGCCUGCGCCGCAGAGAUGGGAUGGGAGGUCUUUGAGGUGUAUCCGGGGAUAGGGAAGCGGAAUGCAUCCAAUCUAGACAACCUGGUAGGGGAAGUGGGCAAAAACCAUCUGGUUCGGAAGGUCCGCCGGGAAGAAGACCGGGAUGAGAAUACACAUGCGAAAGAGAAACUCGCUGCAAUGCUUUGCGGAAGAAAAUCUGCACCCGAGCAUACGUUGACGGAACCGACUGAUGCAGGUCCAUCAAACAGACAAGUGAACCAGUCGCUGGUCCUUUUAGAAGAGGUCGACAUUUUAUUCAAGGAGGAUACUAAUUUUUGGCCUGCUGUAACGAAUUUCAUCAAGGAUUGUAAAAGGCCUGUAAUUUGUACUUGUAACGGUAAGCAAGCGUUCCCCGGUUCACCUCUUUUCCGUGGUCUGAUUUGGGACUAUUUUGGGAUAGAUAUCACUCUCCUGCCCCUUGAUGAUCUGCCGUUGCAGCAGAUUUUACAUUUCAGACCAUGCGAGAGCAGCUUGGCGACUUCGUAUCUGCAGAGCAUGUGUGCGGCUGAAGGAUAUCUUAUCGACCGGAAGCAAAUUGCCCAGGUCUACGAGCCUUCACUUGAGAACCACGAUGCUAUUCCAGAUCUGCGACGGACUAUUCACACACUACAGCUAUGGUGCCCCGGAUAUGAUGUUGAUUCAGAUUGGCCGCUUCACCAUCAGCCCUUCGUACAUGAGGAAUCUGCAUCGUCAAGCCAAUACUUCCUCUCUUUGGGUGAACCACUAAGCCCGAAUGGGUUUGUGGCUCGACACGCCGAAUCACUCUCAUUUUUGGACUCGCAUCUGAGAAGACAAGAUGAGGACAUGCCGGAGGCUAUUGCAUUUAGCCAAGCGCAAGCGUCAGCAGAUGACGAAGUUGGUCACACCAUUCUCUUUAACACGCGAGACAGCAUUACCAGGCAGGAUUCUUAUGGGGAUGGUGAUCAAGACAGGAUGAUCAUGUCAACGGCCAUACGACUCUCGCGUGGUGGGAUUUUCGGCAGGAUGCGAAACACGAAUUUGAGUGCGCACGCCGGCUAUCGAGAUGUGAUCAAAACAUUCGGGAAGAAUGUGAUGGGAGCACAAGCAUUGCGAGGGACGGCAUUUGACGUUGAUUACUUACCCUGGAUUCGACAGAUCGUUUUGGCGGACGAUGAAGAGGAGAAAAAGGCAAACAGGGCCGAGAUACGGGUCGGGCGGCGUACACGGAACAGCCAGGGUCAACGGUACUUUUCAAUGUCGCUCGUGUCGACAAUGGCAGACCAUUCCGACACUCUACCACAUACAUCACCCCAGAUUGGACACAAGUCUUCUUCGUCUCCGUCAAACAGGGAGCAAUCAAGUAGGCUUUCGCCUGUAGUCCCAUUGGCGCCUCUCGAGUACCUGCAAAACCAGCGUCGGGGUUCCAUUACGGAUCCGUCGCUCCAUGCCGCGCCGUCAAAACAAAAUCCAAGCUCUCACUUCCUUCGGCAACAGAGCGACUUGGCCAGCUCUUCGACAUUCAAAGGCGGUAUGUCUGAUCCACGUCCGAGCUCACCUUAUGUGUUCGGAGAGGCGACAAGUCGGUCUGGAGAUGGGAAUGCACAAUUACGCAAGCUGUUGCGGUCGCCUUCACAAGAACAGGAUCGAGCGCCGGGACCGUCGGAGGGAGGGAGUAAUGCAAAGGGGAGUAGCGCGCGACAUCAGACGUCCGGCGGGGCGACAGAAGGAGCCGGACAAGCGAAGGAACGGGAUGAAAUGCAGAUGGACACGGAGGGGCGUGGGCGAGGACUACCACGAGAGCCAGUACCAUUCGACUAUUCGAUGCGACGACAUUCAAUUGCAGUGGGCCAAGAGUCACCUGGGAGACUGCAGGGCAAGAAACGGAAGAUGUCAAGCGAGCGAGCAGGAUUUUCUGGGCAGGAUAUAGACCCGCAGCUGAUUGGGCCAGGCGUCGGGAACAAGAUGGACGUGGACGAGGGGCCGGCAUUCAAACGGCGGGGCUCGGCAGUGGACACGGCUCGGAUCGCGCAGCUAAGUCUGAACGAGCGGCGGAAUUCAACCGACGGGCGGGGCGGGCAGUGGCCAUGGGUCGACGGCAGACGCGAUUCUUCGUCGUUGGGUGGCGGCUACCCUUCGCCGGCUUCGGCUGUUUCCGGCACGGACGGCCGGCAUCAGCCCUCUAGCUCCGGAAUUGCAUCUUUCGCGUGGCCACAUUCUGACCAGAGUCCAAUGCAGCACCAUCCCCUCGACCACGACCCUCACCGCCAGUUCGAUCCCAUGUCGAACAUUCCCAUCAUGCCACCAAUCAAUUUCCCUCCUGACAGGGCUCUCGAUAGGAGGAUGUCCGUUCCCGACAAUCUCAAUCCGUCGUCGAAUCCUGCUGGCCCGACCAGGGUUCUGCGCUCAAGGUCGCGUCCUCCAUCGCGUCAAAUGCGCUCCCAAGAGGCUUCAGAAGAACCAACUUCGGCUCCAUCUCCUCCUGGAUCCAGCAAGCUCUCCAAGGACGUUGGCGCAACACCAUACUCCCGCUCUCCCGAGCUUCGUGUUUCCCAUAAACUCGCAGAACGGAAGAGAAGGAAGGAGAUGAAGGAUCUUUUUGAUGAGCUAAGAGAUCAGCUGCCGGCUGACCGUGGUAUGAAGGCUAGCAAGUGGGAAAUUUUAAGCAAAGCUAUCGAUUUUGUCGCUCAGCUCAAACAAAGCCAUCAAGAAAUGGCUCGCGAAAUCGACAUGCUUAGACACGAGCUCGAGGCCCGUCAAGGCGGUGGUCUACCUCCCUUUCCCCCAGGCGGCGGCCCGCCAGGGCAUCCUGUCUACGGUCAGCCUCCGCCAGGCGUCCCGCCAUAUCCAUUACCUCCGCCAGCCGCUCUCCAGCAGCAUCCGCCACCGCUCUCUAGACCGGCCUCUUCUCAGGGUGUCUUCCCUCCUGGCAACGGCCCCGCCGUUCCGUCUCAAAACGGAAAUGUCAAUAGACCAGAUGGUCCUACAUGACCACCAUGUUUUGCUUUCAGUUUGUAUCCAUAGGCGUGUUGUUUCUUUUUGUGAUGGGGCAUUUCUUUUUUCUUUUUUCCUCGAAUUGGUAUCCCAGAAAUUAUUCUGUCGGUACCGGUGAUGUUUUCUGCACUCGCUAUUACAUCUACUCUUGACUGUUGCCCGUUGCGCAUAUAUCCAUGUUGUAUCCAUAUCUGAAGUACGGGGAGUGCAUCGCCAUU